AUGCCUAGCGCGGGGCUGGAGGCGGGGUCGAACAAGGUGGACGUGGCCAUCGACCUCGGGAACCCGCUGCUCAACCGCACCGUCGACGGCUUCCUCAAGAUCGGCGCCGUCGGCGCCUGCAGGGUGGUCGCCGAGGACGCCUUCGACUGCAUCCACAGGGGGGAUAUCUCGAAGCGCCAGCUUGAAGAGACACUGAAGAAAAUGUGCAAGGAGGGAGCAUAUUGGGGUGCUGUUGCUGGGGUGUAUGUAGGCAUGGAGUAUGGAGUGGAAAGGGCCCGUGGUGACCGUGACUGGAAAAAUGCGUUGAUAGGAGGCAUUGCAACCGGUGCCCUGGUCUCUGCUGCUACCAACAACAAAGGGAGCAAGAUCGCCCAGGACGCCAUCACCGGAGGCGCCAUCGCGACCGCCGUCGAAUUCAUCAACUACCUCACCUAG